AUGGUACUAGCUCGUUUUUCGAAACAUUUUAACAUCAUUUCUUCACGAAGUUUGUCAACUGUUAAUCAGGAGGUUGGAUUGGUCCAUGUUGAGAAACAAUUUGAAGCAAUAGAACCGAAGAAAAGAGACAAAGAUGCGUUUAUGGCAGCAAUAGCUACUUUCAAAGAAAAACGAGGCCGAACACACGUCGAGUUCAUCAACACAGCAUUGAAAUACGUCAAAGACUAUGGAGUUCAUAAGGAUCUAGAAACGUACAAAAGCCUUCUAGACGUGUUUCCUAAAGGAAAAAUGAUUCCGCAAACAGUCUUCCAGAAAGUGUUUCUACACUAUCCUCAGCAACAAAAUUGCGCUGUAAAGGUUCUGGAUGAGAUGGAAUGGCAUGGCGUACAACCGGAUAAAGAAAUCCACGAUAUUGUUGUGAACGCAUUUGGAGAAUGGAAUUUCGCGACGAAAAAAGUAAAACGAAUGCUGUAUUGGAUGCCUAAGCUGAAGCAUUCCAAUAAAUAUCUGGAUAGACGUAGUGUUGAAGGAAGGUCACUGACGCCAUCGGAGUUGGCUGGAAUCGCAUUGAAAAUGAUGAAUCGAGAUCCUGCUACUUCAAUAUCGCUUCUAAAAUUUUCCGAUUCUGAUCCUAAAGAUAAAUGGUUGGCAACUGCGCAAAGUCCUUCACAGCAAAGACUCUUAUCUGAACUAUCACGAGGUGAAGAAGUAUUUGUGGAUUCUGGACUUGUAUAUGUGCAUGAUAACAAAGUGCCGUUCAUCUCGUUGACUGGGAGUGCCAAAUUGAAACCUCUUGAUGAAUUUAAGAAAGAAGAAAUGGACGAUGAUUAUACAAAUUGGUUCGAAGAUUGGAAAAGGCAGAGAACAGAAGCAAAAAGAUCUAUUCAUCAGCAGGAUCACGAGACAAUUUUCGCGAUGGGAGCUAUCUUUCAAAAUGACAACUCGACUGCAUUACGGUGGAUUGAUCAACUUCAAAAAACGAAUCCAAUUCUAGGAAAUCUGCAAAUUAGAGUUCGCUUAGAUGGAAAACCUGUACUUUCAUAA